UCAACCAUUCCACAUCAAGAUGCGUUUCUAUCUGCUGUUCUUUUUGGCCCUGAGCUGCUGUCUGCUGCAAUCAUCCAUGGCUGCAGUUAAUUUGGUGCGUGGACUGGAGUCCGCCGGUCAUCAUCGCAACACCACUGGUUCACCACCACCGCGUGGAGCUCCUCCACCACCCCGCACCACCACCGCCAGCUCUUCGGGAUAAAUGGACAGCAUAACUCUGUACAUAAAUCCGGACUGAACCCAUUGACGAACCUUAAAAACGAACUCUAUUGUGAAUCCUAUCUCUAUGUAGUCCUUUAGCCUUAAAAUAAAAAACACAUUCCAGCAAAACAAAAAA